UGCCGCGAUCUCCAUCUAGUGAGCGAUAUCCAUUGCUAGUGGACAUGGGAUUCCCAGAUAGAAACGGCGGCUCGCAUCUGGUGACCCGAUAGUCCGUCCACUAAUCAGCCACUAGGGCAAGGAAUCCAAAGAGGUGUAUAAUGCGCUCUCAGAUGAGUCAGCCGUAACGGCGCCGGCACAUGGCGAACACUAACUUUAUUCAUCUCUUAUCGUCAUUGAUAACAACGCCCGCUGUCGCACAUUGUUGCGCUUUCUUCCAGUCACAAGACGUUGGCUCAUACCCACGUCUCCUUCUCCGAUCGAAUCUCUGGUGGCAAGUUCUGUGUUCAAGGACUUCGAUCCCAGUCGAGGCUCUCCGACGACGUCCUCGAUCAUGGUCACGGCCACCUUUGGCCGGCUUGUGCCGCCCACCCAGACCCUUAUCUCGCGAGAUGACGCAUCCGAGAUCCUCGGCAGCAUCAGUAUGGCCGCCUUCCUGUGCCUUUUGCUGCCACAACUUGCUGCGAACUAUAGGCUGAAGAGCGCCGAUAGCUUGUCCAUGGCUUUCCUCUUCAUCUGGCUCCUGGGCGACGUGACCAAUCUGUUGGGGGGGCUGGCCAACCACAUUGCUCCGGCAAGCAUCGCCGUCACAGGCUACCUCUGCUUCUCGGACACUACGCUCAUCUGCCAGUGUCUUUACUACAACUCUAAGCAAAGGAUCAGCGACCCGCCAGAUUCAACGACGUUGCAGGCUCAUGAUCGCCAGCCGCUUCUGGGGCCCUCGCUUUCUGCUAGAGACCCGAGGGCGUCUGGUCAACCUCAAGAGAUUGACAGCGAGUCGGCCAUCACGCUCCAAGACGACAAGAAGACCCUCGUGCAGGCGGUACGCACCCUUCACGACUGGCGUUUCAACUUGGCUUGUAUUCUUGCGGUACAGCUGCUCGGCGUCACCGGCUGGUUUGUGCUCCGUACGGUUGGUCUGCUUGGAGGUGAUAAUAAGCCCCCCGGAAGUGUAAGCAUUACCGAUGCACAAGGCAUCUCCGAGUCCGUCGGCUCGGCUCUUGGAGUUGUCGGGGCCAUCUGCUACCUUUGUGCUCGCAUACCCCAGAUCAUCAAGAACUACAGAGGGAAAUCGUGCGAGGGCCUUGCGCCUUUGUUCUUGCUCUUGUCGAUCACAGGUAAUCUAACGUAUGGGCUCAGCGUUAUCGCGUACAGGCAAGACAGAGAUUAUCUUCUCACGAGCCUACCGUGGCUGAUGGGCUCGCUCGGGACGAUCCUCGAAGAUGUCAUCAUUUUGCUCCAAGUUCGCCUCUACUCGCAACUAGACCGGCCAAGCCAGCAAAGCAGCAUCUGAAUGAUCUUUAUUGAUGUGAUGAACUGCAGCGUCCUGAC